CAAUGUCAAAUCAGAAAAAAAAACAUAAAAGUAACCUAAAAUCACUUAAAAUAAUUAGAAAAUAAGUUUUAAAUAAGAUACCUUUAUAUAAAACUAAAGGCUUAAGCGCCAUUCCAUUGGUCUCCUUAGAAUGCUUUUAAGAAAACUUAUUGUUGCUGAAGUUUUUUUAGGGCACAAAGUUAUUACUAGAGCAAAAUCAUCAUGGGAUAUUGUAGCAGGUGUGUGCAUUGAACGCUUACCAGUUGUGACCCCACCUCUUAAUGAAAUUCAAAAGAAGUUCAAAGACUUGUUAUGGACAAUUGAAAUUGAAAAAAGUCUUAAAUCAGACCAUGAAUUGAGACAUGAAAGUGAUAAGGUUCAAGCAGAGCUGCUUAAGAAUGAAGCAGUGGAUGUGGACUUGGAUACUGUAAGCAAAAUAACUGCUCAGGAUUUUGAGGAUGCUUCCACUGAUGAAUUGAAUCAGUUCAAGUUUGCAGAUAUCAUAACAGAAGCGGAUAAAAAAGGAAUAAAAAGUACCCCUGAUAGAUGUCUCCAAAGGCAUCUGGUACUAGUUACAAAUCAGAAACUUGGAAAUGAUGUUAAAACUAUCUUGCCACAGGGAUUGUGGCGGGAAGGAGAAACUCUACGACAGACUGCAGAGCGAGUAUUGUCAGAGCAGUGUGGCUCUGAACUAAAGGUGAAAUUCCUCUCAAAUGCCCCAUGUGGUUUCUAUAAGUACAAAUACCCUGCAGAAAUCAAUGGAAAAUCUGGUGCUAAGGUAUUUUUCUACUACGCAAAUUACAACGACGGCGAAGUCGACAAAAAAUCGAAACCUAAUUGGUUAACAAGAAAUGAAUUGACUGAAAUAUUACCUGAAAAGUACAAUAAAACAGUCCAAGGCUUCCUAAUAGAAGAGACGUAUUAGUUUACUGUGUAAUCUAUUUAUUUAAGUUCUAUCGAUAAUAAACUUUAUAUAGUUAGA